AUGAUUACUCCUGGUGAUCUCCUUCAGCUACCCGAGGAGGAGGCGGCACUCUCGGAUCCAUUUCUCUCCUACUCACAACCAAUUUCAUUUGAGAAUGCAACUGAUGAUAAUUUGCAGAAAUUUCGACACCAUGAUCUUCAUCAUGAUGGACAUCAACAGCUUCAGCCAUUAAAGUGUUCUUCUUGCCGCUCAAGUGGAGGUGGUCGCAUAGAUUACGGUGAUGGAGGAGGUGGUGGUGGUGGUGGUAGCGGAGGUGAUACUGAUGGUGGUGGCGGCGGUGGUGGUGGAAGAGGAGGAGGAGGACUCUGA